AUGAAAGUGACAAAAGCAGAGGAUGUUGAAGACAGAAGAGGAAUUUUUAGGUAACACUGAGUAGGAUACUCGUCAGCACAUGAUCUGACCACCUCCGUCUUCUCGGCAUGUGGGUUGUUGUCAGGGCUUACGGUGGGCACAACACUCAGUCUCUCAUUCAGUUCCGUCGCUUGCUCCAGCAGCAAUAUGACCUCCUUUCCUGAGAGCUUAAAGGAGUCCUGAGGGACCCAUCAACUGCACCUGCAAAACCCCGACGAUACGCAACCCUCAGUAACUGUAAAGCCUCCCUGAACACCCCUAGACUUCACCUCGGUAAGGCAGUCUAGCAACCACACCCAGCAUCGAAGAGCCAGGAAAACAGUACAGCAACCUGAUUAUCAUCUCCUGACGGUGCCACACAGAACACACCUCACCUCCGCAGUCUUCUUAGACAAGAGCUCACCAGAGUAUCCCGGGAAGCGUCGAAGGCAGGCGGCAUCCUCCUCUGUAACCUGAGUGAGACGCUGCAGAAGUAAACGCCGAUAACAUGGAAGCAUCCUUCAAGCUGCAUAAGUCUUCCUUCAUUGGGGUUAUCAUCCUGUUGUUGGUUCUGGCCAGUGCAGGAGACACCCAGGGCACCUCAGAUGGCUUCGAGGAAAUCGACUGGAAACGUCUCAACGACCUGGUCCAAGUCAAUCAGUUGUUCGCUGAGGAGAUGACGAAGUCGGUGCUGAACUUGUCGAAGCAGAGAAACAGUCUUGGAUGCUCGCCCGAACGAUACGAGAUGGAGAAGUCGUUGGCCAGCAUCGCGUCCAACCUCUUAAUGGAGAUAAACACGACCCUGGAGGUGCUGCAGAACUCUUCCAAGAUCCUGCUGCAGGAGCUGGCAAGAGAGUCAUGUCCAGUAGACAUCUACUUACCAUGUCCAAAGUAACUGCAUGAAGACACCACUUUAUG